GACUACAGUACACAAGUUGAGUUGGCAAAGGCCGCUUGGCCGCUGGGACAAUGGCAGAACGGGCCCGCUUGCAUGGGCCCAUACAGCGCGUUUUGCAUAUAGAAAGCGACAGAUGAAAAGAGGAAGCAGACAACGAACGCUGCUGUGAGGACGAGAGGGAGCACGGGGCCUACCUCGGCGGCCAUAAGGCAACUUGGAGUUAAGAGCAGGCUGCUAACAGCACUAGCAGCUGUACUUGACCGGCGGUCGCAGCUUUGAAGGAUGCUUGACCAGGGGAGCGACGCCUUUGAUCGGGCCCGGCGCCUGCUGGCCCGCAUCAUGUCGCGCCUCAUGCAGCAGACCUUCUUGGCCUGGCGUAAGCAUGCGCGCUUUGAGACGACCAUCAAGCAGAUGGAGGAGGUCAUUGACCCUGUUGCGGCUGUGUUGGACAAGCUGCCGGAGAAUCGCACCCCGGAGGACAUCCAGAAGCUGGUGCCGCUGGUGUCGCAGAUCGAGGCUUACAAGCCGCUGCACCCGCAAGUGCGCGAGUUCCUGGCAUCCUACCUGCACCUGGCCCUCCUGACCGACCACACCGAGCUGCCGCGUCAGCCCAGUGACAACUCCUGCCUGUUCAGUGUGGUGUUCGGGCAGCUGACGGCGCUGGUGGGGGACCCGGGCGACCCAGCGCUGGCGGCCAUUCGCGACCACGCAGUCGCGGAGCUGAUGGCUCUUGUCCCUCCGGAGCCCAGCGAGGCGGAGGUGCGCGCUGACGCAGCCGUAGGCGCAGCCGCUUCGGCAGCCGCAGGAGCCCCCACGGAGCAGCUCAGCGUGGAGAGCAGCUUAGGGCUAGCCAGCAGCGUGGCGGCGGUGGCGGCCGCGGAGGAGCGGCGGCUGCGGGCACAGGCCACCAUGUCCAUGUACGGCAUCAAGGGCGUCAGCGGCGUGGCGGCGGAGCAGGUGUCUGGGAGCCUGUGGCGCUGCAUCGUGGACACCAUCCACAACCUGAACAAGCUGCAAAAGGCACAGGCCAUGCGAGCGCUGGCGGCGCAGCACGCGGCCACCCUGGAGGACGGUGCGGGCGGCCACGGCGCGGGAGGCAAGCUGGGGCUGGCGGGCCCAGGCGCGGAAGAGGCGGCGCUGUUGGAGCUGCUGCCGGUGCUUGCGAACCUGAAGACGCAGGUGCACAUUUUCAAGGCAGGGCAGUCGUUCUCGGGCAGGGAGCUGUUCUGCCACGAGGAGGCGGGCCUUGUGCAGGAGGUGGGCGCCAUGCACGUGGAGCUGCCGGGUCGCGCCAUCGCCGCAAUUACGCCGGAGAACGGGCUGGCGGCGCUGGUGUACGUCAGCCGGGAGGUGUACCGCCGGGCCAUGGCCAUGCAGUCUGAGAUCAGCGUGCGGCGUGCGGUGGACAGCUGCUGCCGGCUGCCGUUCCUGCGCCACACGCCCCUCAAGGAGCUGUACCGGCUGUCGCGGCACAUGCACGAGGCCACAUUCAAGCCAGGCGACAUGGUGCUACAGCAGGGGCGCGAGACCAGCUUCAUGUUCUUCCUGGUGUCGGGCGAGGUGCAGGUGGUGGCGGACCUGCCCGACAGCAGCGACCCGCUGGUGCUUGGGGCGGCGCUGGCGGCACUGGGCGGCACCAAACCUACUCAAGCGCAGGUCAAGGCACUAGCGGCGCACGUGGCGGCGUCGAACCGCAGGGCAGCGGCAGCGGCCAGCACCAAUGGCGCACCCGGUGCAAAGGGCGGGGAUACGGCGCGGCAGGACGGCGUGAUGCGCUCCCGCACCGGGACCUCCACUGGCGACGACGGUGGCACCGUGGCGCUCGCAGCAGGUGGUGGCGGCGGUGGUGGCGGCUCAGUGCUGCUACCCAACUUCGGCACCACGCGGCGUGUGGUGCUGGGCCGGCGCGGCAGCGGUGUGGUCCUAGGAGACGAUCUACUGAGAGAGAAGCGGCUGACCGUGGGCGUGGUGGCGACCAGCCGAUGCGUGUGCCUGGCAGUCAGCCCGCAGCGCUUCACCAUGUGCUGCGACCCGCUCACGCUGCGGCUGUUCCACAAGCUGCGGCUGCAACACAGCGCCACGGCAGUGUUCACGGACGCGCUCCUGGCACAGGAGGAGCGGGUGGGGCUGGUCACUGCUUUCAGGGAUACUGUGUUGUCAGCCAGCUAUGACCACGUGCCCGACACGCUCAAGCGCGGCGAGUUGAGCGAGCCGCGAGCAUGGCUGGCGUCAAGCAUCCGGCCAUCGGAGCUGGACGCCAGCGCUGACGACUUGUACCAGCAACGUGCCGCCGCGAAAGCCGCCGCGGCAGCAGCCGCCAGGGCAGCAGCCAAUGGCGACGCGGGUGCCGCUGCAGCUGCAGCCGCUGCUGCCGCCGCAGCAGUUGCAGCUGCCAGUGGCCGGCGUAGCGUAAGCCCGCACGCGGGCGCCGGUGGCCGGCCUCGCAGCCGGGAGGUAUCGCCGCCGCCGGGGCUGGCGAUGCCGGCGCGCGGCUCGACGUCGCCGCCGCCGAAGCAGCCUCUGCACCUGCCGCCGUCGGUGGCUGCACUGUCGCUGCCGGGCCUGGAGGGGGCGCCGGCUGCCAAGCUGUACAGCGGUCUCAAGGUAGCGCUGGUGCAGGAGCUGGUGGGCUCCAGGGCGGAGAGCGGCAGCAUGGCUGUGUUCCUGCAGAGGAUGAAAGCGGCUGAGACGCAGCGAAUUGCCAACGCCAACGCGGGGGCGGGCGGCGCGCCCAAAUCCAUCGACCUGGCCGCAGCGCCGGGCGCAGCGGGCAGCGGCGCGGCGGCGGCGGUGACUCAGCAGCAGCAGCGCAGCUACACAGACAUGCUGGAGGCGGCGUGCAUGGCCGUCAUCAAGGUGGAGCUGGCACCGGGCCAGCUGGAUGUGAAGCUGGACACCAUGGCACAGGUUCUGGACGACAUUGUGGUGCAGUGGUCGGACCUGGCUCACCGCUUCGGCCUGCAGCUGGUGCGCUGGCGGGCGGCCGAGUACUUCCUGGUGGUGCCGCUGGACCUGUCCGCGCGCCGGCGGCCGCUGGUGCGCAUCGUGGCCGACACGCUGCUGACCAUGGCGGCGGAGUUCAGGAAAAUCGUGGCCCAGAACGAGAUCCCUCACCUGGCCAUGGCCGCCGGUGUGGCCAUUGGUGGUCUGUUCAGCUCCUACGAUAGUGGGCACUUCCUUGUGGGCUGCAGCGGCCAGGCGCACGCGGCGGCACAGCACCUGUGCAAGAUGGCCCAGGAGGAGGGCGGCUGGCAGGGCACCAUCCUGGUGGCGGACAGCGUGGCACAGGCGCUGGCUCGGACACACCACGUGCAGUGCGCGAGCGGCGGCGGGGAGCUGCUGGGCGCAGUGGGUCAGGCCCCAGGCAGCCCGCGCGCGCGGCGGCGGCCCAGUCCGCUGCUUACGCAGGAGGAGGAGGAGCAGCGGCGGCAGCGGCUGGCGCGAGAGCAGGAGGAGCGGCGGCAGUCCAGCGAGGUGGGGGAGGGAGGCGGCGUGAAGCUGGAGUCCAAGGGGCCCACUGGCAGCGCAGGCGCGGCGGCGGCGGAGGUGCUUGCGGAGGACGAUGAGGAUGAGCCCGUGUCCCCCGGCACGCGGCCCUACCACCGCCGAGCCUUUGGGCCUGGUGCUGAUGGCAGCGGUGGCGGCGCCCCCAAUGGUAGAGGUCUGCGCAGCCCCGGCAGCCGCUCCAUGCACUACCUGCCUGGGGGCGGCGCCGCCUGCCUGGAUGGCGGCGAGCCCAUGCAGGACCCCGCGCUCGGCACACCGCACGCCGGGCUGGCGUCCAAUCUGCAUGCGCCCUCGCCAGGUGGUGAUGGCGCGGCCUCGCCGGUCUCGCGCCAGCCUUCCCAGGGUGCCUCACGUCGUACGGCGGGCACGGCCGCAGGAGGGGGCGGUGGGCCUCUGCUGCCUCCGCCACUGCUGUUGGGCGGCGAGCCGACCUGGGCCACCCAGGCGGGCCCCGUCACCAUCCCCGGCGAGGACGUGCUGUCCACGCCCAACCCCAUCACGUCACAGGCAGCUGUAUUGCGCCGCAGCCAGGACGCGCUGCGCCCCGCCUCGCUACUGGUGCCAGGCGACCCCACCAGCGCCGAACAGUCGCCCAACUCGCCCGCCCUAUUCAGUAUGCGACACCCCAAUGGCCUGGCGCACCAGCAACAGCAGCAGCAGCACCAACAGGCUCUUCGUGCCUCGGGCGGCCUGCCGCCGGGCGCCUACCGCUCAAAUAGCAGCACCUCCCAGGCGGCACCGCACCAGCUGCAGCAGCUGCAGCAACAGUACGGCGGUGCCGGUGGCACCACUGGUGCCACCAGCCCCGUGCCAGGUUCCGGAGCUGGCGGGGCGGUGGGCGGUAGCGGGCGUAGGGCGCCAGGAAGCGUGCCGAUCGGGCCAGGUUGGGAGGGCGGGAGCACUGGUGGGACCACACCGGGCUGGCCCGCAGCGGCGGGAGGUGGUGUGACCAGUACUUCGUCUUCUCCAGGGGGAAGCGGCUUGAAGCUGGCGCAGCGGCGGGAGCGCAACUCGGCCGCCACCAGCACCAUGAUGUUUAGGCAGCAGCUGCGGCAGGAGGUUGCCAGUCUACGACAGAGCUCCCACCACCAGCACUCGUACCACUAUGACAGCGCCGUUGUAACACAGCAUCACAUGCCUGCUGUUGGACCCAGCUCUGCGCCACUUCCAAGCAGUCCCAGCGACCGCGCUCACAGCCACAGCCACAGCGCGCCCUCACGCGGUGAUAAUCUCAGCCCCAGCCGAAGCCGCUUCGCGCCUCAGCUUCCAUCAUCGGCCGCCGCCACACACUCCGCCGCGCCUGCGCCUGUGGAUGCAGGCUCUGGGGCGGCAGCGGCAGAAGUGCAGCGGGCGGUCAGCCCUGGUAAGCGGGAUGCUUGGACAGCCGCAUCUGCCAACAUGGGGGCGGCCGGCUUGUGCCCGAGCCUGGGGCCAUCGUAUCGAUUGCCGACUGGCGUGCCGCCGCGGCGGGCACUCUCGCCCAUGCCCCAGCGCCCCGUCUCGCCGUACAUUCCCUUCUCGGCGGUGGACCCAGCAUCAGAAGCUGCAGCGGCGGCACGCGGCGGCGCUAGUCCUGGCGCCGGCGCCAGCCGCCUGACGCCGCCAGCAGGGCCGUCAGCAGCCGCCGCAUCUUCGGCUGGUGGCGGUGGCGGUUGCCCUGCUCCGAAGCUGGUUGCAAGCAACUUUGGCUAUCUGAAGGUCCCCACCAACCGCCUCCGUCGCGGCAGCGAGGGCAUGGCAGGCAUCGGUGACAGCGGCGCGGUCCGUCGGGCCUCCAGCCACACCGUCAACUUUGCCGCCGGUGCAGUUGAUGCCAGCGGCCGGCACAACAUCGGCCGCAGCGUCAGUCACGGAGCGCCCGCCGCUCCCGACUCGCCUGCACUUCACCAGUAUCCCUCUGGUGGCGGCCGAGCGGCGCCCAACGCUCUGGGUCAGUGGGUGCCCACGCCUAGCGCCGCCGCGGCUGCCGGCGCGACCGGCUGGGGCGGCUUCAGCUGGGCUGCAGGCGCUGGACCGGCUGCGGGGAUUGCGUCCGGCGAGUCAACUUCGGGUGGCGGCGUCUCUGCAGCCACGACGCAGUACGGUGGGAUGGUUGGUACGGCAAGCAGUACAGCGUAUGGCAGGUCGAAGAGCAGCCGGGGGCGUACGGCCCAGGGCGAUAACCGCUUCGAGUCACCUCCGCCGGCCGGGCAGCAUGUCGGCAGUGGUGGAGGCAAGGGCAAAAAGAACUCGACCUGGCAGGACCUGGGUAGCCAGCGCGCUGCGGAGCAGUACGCGGCGGAUCUGCCCCUGGGGCUGCAGCACGUGUCCUUCUCCACCGCCGGCCUAUCGCGCGUGCCGCCCCUGCAGCGGCUGCUGUACCUGGAGAGCUUGGCUCUGAGCUACAACCACCUGGUGGACGUGGGCAGCGAGGCGCUGGCGGGGCUGUCCGCGAACCUCAAGACGUUGACCUUGGUUUGCGCGGACCUGUCUUCCCUGCCUCCCGACUUCGGCGCACUGCUGCCGGGCCUCACCGAGCUCAACCUCAGCAAUAAUCGGCUCACCCAGCUGCCGCCCACCAUGGGCUGCAUGACGCGCCUGCGCUGCCUCUCCAUCGCCCACAACCGCCUGGAACCGCCCGGCCUGCCGCCCAGCCUGUGGGGCAUGGCGUCGCUGGAGCACCUGCUGCUGGGCCACAACCAGCUAACCGAAUUACCGGGCCGGUCGUUGGCGGAGCUAACCAACCUGCAGUCGUUGGACCUACGGCACAACCGCCUGGCGGCGCUGCCACCCUCCACCACAUGCCUGUCCGGCAGCCUUACAAAGCUUGUCGUCAGCUACAACAACCUAACGGCCAUGCCGCCCAGGUUCAUGGAUUCCAUGGAUCGACUGGCGGUGCUGGUGUUGGAUUUCAAUCCAAAGCUGGUGGCGUGUCCGCAGCUCGCCAUGGGCAGGCCGGGUGGCGACGACGGCAGCGGCAGCCUGUCGGUGCACAACAGCACGUCCGGUGGCGCGGGUCUGGCAGUGAAGAUGUCGAGUGCGGUGACCCUGACACCUGGAGGCAGCGGCAGCCCAGACAAGGGGUCAACAGCGACGCCAACUCCUCACGCGAAUACAGGAUCCGCCGAGACGGCGCCGGCUGGCGCGGCUGCCGCUGCCGCGACUGUCGGUACUGACGCGGCGGAGGGCACUCCCUUCGCCGCGGGGUCCGCUCAGGCGCCCGUCACGGCCAGCGUUGAGCAGUCACCGGACAGGGGCACACCGUCGCCACUCGCACGGAAAGACAUGUCGCCAAGCGUCAGUGCCGGUGGCGCUGUGCCCGCCACGCUUACUGCGGCGCCGCCGUCAGCACAGCCCUCAGCUCUGGGCCUGCGGCACAGCAACGGCGCGGGGCUGUGGCGGCAGGUCAAGGCAGUGGUGACGGAGGCGGCCGCGGUUCUGCACCUACCGUCUCUGCGUGUCCUGUCGCUUUCAUCGGUGUCUCUCCUCAACAUACCCGCGUGGCUACCUGCUGGGCUGCAGGUGCUGGACGUGAGCCGCAACAACCUGCACUACCUCCCGCCCUGGCUGCCGCGCCGCCUGGCGCCCUCGCUGGCGGUGCUACGGCUGCACACCAACCGCCUGGAGGCACUGCCGUCAGACAUACGCACCAUGACAGCACUGCAGGUGUUGACGCUGGAGGAGAACCCGAUUGCCAGUCCAGAGCGCAUCGCCACGCCACAGGGCGCCGGGUGGGCAGCGGAGUGGCUGUACCGCAAGAAGUACAGGAGCAGGCCUGAGGUGAUGGCUAGCUUGGCGGCGCAGGGCAGCGAGCAGCCGCUGCUGUCCCUGGCUGCUACAGCCUCGGCCCUCAUGGCGGCGCAAGGUGCUACAGCCAACGCAUCCAGCACCAAUGUAUCUGCCGGUGGCGCAGGAGGUGCGGGUGGCAGCGGCGGCCCAGCUAAGGCCACAUCCCAGGCGGGUGGGGGGCUUUCAGCUAACCCAAGCACGACGACUGUUGCCGCGGCGGCAGCAAGUCAAGCCGCGGCGCUUGCGGCGGAGCCGUCCGUGCCGCCAUCUGCUGCCGCGGGAGGGGCGUAUGGCAUUGCCUGAUGCAUAUUGCAGGCGGAUUAGGCCUCAACGUGUUGUAGGUCCGCUGACAUAGAGACAUGAUGUAUGUGUUGAGCACACAUCCUGCUUGCUGUUGUACGAUGCAUGGGGGGUUUGUGGCGUGAGGGGUGAGGUUGGGCAAGCUGUUACUUUGGACAUGACCUCAAGAUUGGCCAUAAGCAUCCACUAUCAUGCAUGCACGCACUCAAGAUGCUGCACGGGCGCGCACAGCGGCUGAAGCCUGGGUUUGAUGCAUGAGGAGACAGCGGUGCUACAAGUCUCGGAAGCAAGGCGGGUAAAGCAACUAACGCGCUGUGAUGCAGGCAUGCAGGUCCCGAGUCCCUCACCAUCGCACGGUGUAAAAUGUUUCCGUG